UUGACAGCUACGAAAAGUCAUACCGGUUAAGAUGAAACUGUUCGUCUUGUUCGUGUGCAACGAAGUGUUCGCGAACAUCGUGGCCUCGGACAUGCCACCUGGAAAUCUGACAGACGUCACCAGGUGCAAGUUGUCCCAUCUCGGCGUCGAGUAUCUCGGAUACACCUCCAAGACGGAGUCCCUCGUCAGAUGUCAGGCGUGGAACUCGAAUCUGCCCCAUCGCGUGAUGGAUGGCGUCUCCGAUGACGAUUUUCCCGAAGGUUCGAGGGAGAAAGCCAAGAACUAUUGCAGGAACCCGAAUCGGGAUCCGAAGGGUCCCUGGUGUUAUUCCCUGAACGAGGAUCUGGUAAACGAGACGUGCGCCGUGCCCCUGUGCUCUUUCUCCGAGUGCAGGAUGACCGGUCCCGGCAUGGAGUACGCCGGUGAUCACAAAAAGACGAUUUCAGACCGGAAUUGCCUGAAAUGGAACAAGGACCGCAACAACGUGUACCGGGACGGUCACACCGUCAAACGGGACAGAUUCGACAAGACCUCCUUUCCCGAUCCGGACCCGGGGAAGAAGUGCCGGAACCCGGACGGCGACCCUGGCGGCCCCUGGUGCUACGUCGAGAACGAACCCGAGAACACCGUCGAGAAGGACUACUGCGACGUGCCGCCCUGCGACGAACCGGUCUGCGUCGUCUUCACCAAGAACGACGCCACCUACACGCACUUUACCGACUUCAACGACACCCUCGACUCGCUCAGCUUCGGGGUGAAGCUGUGGAGCUCCGAUAGGUAUCCGGAGGCGGAGGCCAGGUUGGUGCUGUCGGUGGUGGCGUUGCCCGUGGGCGCGGAGGAGAUGAGGGAUCUGGGGACGUCAGUCGAGGUUUUCAUCAGUAAUAGAUACUGCGCGUUGACGGUUAAUAAUAAGGAUGAGGUGGAGAGGGAGGUUACCAGGGGGAUUUUGACGUCGAUAGGGUAUACCUAUUUCACCCUCACCUGGCAUAGGGGGUUUAUAACGUUGAUGAGAGACGGGGUGACCAAGCCAAUUUUUAUAGCCGAAUACAAGACCAAGGACAACCUGAUGGGUUUCAAGAUGGACCGUUUCUCGUACUACGCGGCCCAAGGAACCGACGUCCUGUGGACUUUCCCCUUCUGCCUGGACGAUUUCGAGUGCGACGUGCACACGACCACCGGCCAUCUGUUCCAGCAGUAUUGGCCGCUGAGGGCGACCUCUAUCGGUCGGGAGUUGUCGACGCGGGUGAGGGCGGUGCGCUCGGCCAAGAUCUCGCUGUCUCCGACCCCCACGAACCUGUAUCCGAACGUUGUGUUUAAUUUUAAGGCGGACGACGGGUAUACAAGGGUCGUACUGGAGGAAUACAAGAACGCGCCCGCGCUCACGCUGAAGGAGGUGGUGUUGACGGACGCGCUGGACUAUUGGAAGUGGCAGGAGUACUCGUUGUCGUUUUUCGGGGAUACUUUUCAGGUGCACUGGACCAAGAACGGCGCCGCCCAUCUGAUCCUGGAAGCGAAACACCCCACCUUCAGGAAGAUGAGGUGGUACUCGGUGUGCUCCGACAAUUCCGUGGCGCACUGGACGUUCUUCUGCGCGCCCCCGGAGACUGCGCAACCCCCGCCCGCGUUUCUGCCCGAGUGCUCGAUGAACCCGCAAGAGCUGAACUACGCGGGUAGGCAAGACGUGACGCACGACGGUUUCCCGUGUCUGCCGUGGUCGGCCAAGGGGCUGGUGCCGGAUCUGGAGAGGAAGUUCUUCGAGGGAGACGCCUACCUGAGGGAACUGUCCUAUUGCAGGGAUCCCGGCAAAUAUCAGAAGGGCACUUAUUGCUACGUCAUCUCGAUGUUGCCGGAAAAGACGGUCCUGAAGAAAUAUUGCCGGCUGAGAAAGUGCAAGUCUCAAGAAUGCAGGAUGGCCGGUACCGGUAACGAUUACACGGGCACCCUGAACACCGCCAGAAGUCGCAGGUACUGCGAGCCCUGGUACUCCCUCAGCUACGUGCACAUGCACGAUCAGCGCUAUCUGAACGAUUCCCUAUUCGCCGAUCUCAAGAUAGAGGACGCUAACAAUUACUGCAGGAAUCCCUCGAGGAAUCCAAUAGGAAGCUGGUGUUACACGAUCGACCCCAACGUACCUCAGGAAAGUUGCUCGGUUAAGGAUUGCGAUAAGCCGGAAGAAUGCAUCGUCAUACUGACCGGGAAGAACGAAGGCCGUAGGGUAUACAUAUUGCCGCAGUGGAAAGAGAAGGGGGCUCACGGAGGCCUGCAAUUCGCCCUGAAGCGUUGGAACCCCGAGAGGGUCGAAGGCGUCGGUUUGGAGAUAACGCCGAGAGAUGGCGCGGGAAGCAUCAGGUUGGAGAUAGGCGCCGAGGGCAACCAGAAGGUGAACCUCCUCCUCGACGGCGUCCUAACCAAGGAGAAAACCCUCCCCCACCUCAUAGCCUCCGGCACCUGGACCGAAUUCUGGCUGCAGAUACGCCGAGAGGAGAUCCUGCUGGGUUACAAGGGCGUCCCUCACGCCCUCUUCGAGUGGAAACACGCCGACCUCGAGAAAACCUUCGAACCCACCUACGUCUCCUUCUCCACGCUGACCGGCGAGUACGUGGGCGUCUACUUCGAGUGCGACGAGUGCCACACCGAACGCCUGUCGGUCAACAACGUCCUCCAGGUGUACCCCGUCGGGGUUUGGAGGGAGAGCGAAGAGGUGUUCGGUAAUUUUUCGCUGAAUAUACGCGGUGGUGGUACCGUUUGGAUACCGCUGUAUAAUUUGAUACACACCGGGGAUUACUUGAUGUUGGAGUUGAACCAGGUGCGAUCCAAGGUCGCCCUGCACAGAUUCGUAAAGUACCAGGCGUUUACGUUGGUGGUGAAGGAUUUAAAUGAGACGUUGUUCGGGGAGAACCGAUGGGCGGAGUUUACGAUCAACUUCAACGAAACCACCCUUCAGAUCGUGAAGGAGAAUUUUAGCGAGGUUAUCUUGGAGUAUAACGCGCCUGUGGAGCAUCCGAUACUGAUCUACUACUUCACGGUGGGCGUCGAUAACGGCGAGGUCCUCUGGAGCGCCAACUGCGACCGGCUGGACGUGGACGGACCGCCCAGGGACGGCGGAUGGUCCCGCUGGUCCGACUGGACGUGCUCAGUGCCCUGCGGCGGCGGCGACGGCUUCAAGACGAGGUCCUGCACCAACCCGCCGCCCAACGUGAGGGGGCGGUUGUGCGUGGGCGCGCCCGCGGCCACGGGGAGGUGUAACGAUUUCGAGUGCGGCGACGUCAGUCCGAGGACCGCGGAUAGGAUAAGGGAGGAUCUGAGGACGAAUUUCUUCAGUUUCGUGGUCGAGGAGAACGAGGACGUGGUCAUACCGAUCGAUAGGAAGAUCCUGAAGGUGAUCGGGACGGAGUCGCCCAAGUCGAGGUACGAGUGGACGCUGAACGGUAUGGUGGUGAAGGAGGAGGACGAGAGGUUUAGGUUGGCGGACGGGGAGAUCCUGGUCACCGGCGCCAAGCCAGCGGAUUCGGGUCUGUACGUCUGCACCUUGUACAAGAAGAAUAAAAAACAGCUAAUCAUACGCAUCGUGGCCUUGGCCGUCGUCCCGAUCGCCCACACCUUCAUCACCAGGGCCACCAGAAGUCUAAAAUUGAAUUGCAAGACCGUCGUUCUCGGCUACGUCUACUCGGACCUGAGCCUCAAGCUGCUCCUGAACAAGACCACCUACAAAGACUACGGCAUCGUCACCCUGUCGGCGGCGAACACCUACACCUUCAAGCGUCUAAGACGCAACUUCACGGGCGAUUGGAAGUGCGUGGUCGAGCAGAAGGAUCUGGGGUUCUCGUGGAUCACGAACUACGAGAAGAUCCUGGUGAUGAAGGCGCCCAAUCUGUACACCAACCUGCUGGAGGACGAGUUGACUAGGCCGCUGUUCGGUUGGUUGAAGAGCGAGAGGAACGUGCUGGUGGCGUUGAUCGUGAUCGUUUCCAGUUCGGUGGUGUUGGUCACGUUGUGUCUGGCCAUAUACUUCGCCUUUUUCACGAUCAAGAAGAGGUCUUACAAGAGGAACCGUAGAUUGUGAACGAUUCUUUGUUGAUUUGUUACAAUAAAGUUUAAGUUUGA